AUGUUUCAUUUCAUUUCACUUACAACAGCGCUGAGUAUAUCGCUCUCUCUACUAUUCUGUUUACCGGCUCUAUUGCAACAAGACUAUUUGGUGAACGGUGAAGAUGAUCACUACACGGCAAAUGAAAAAUUCUUCGAAGAUCCGGUUAUUGAGGAGAUCAUCGAACAAAUCGCCCAUUAUCGUAAGAGGAAUGACGACCAUAGUGCAGAGCAGCAAGAUAAAUCGUUGAACGUCAAAUUGAGCAGUGGUCAAAAGCCGCUUAAUGAAGGUGCCGAGAAAUUAGCUCAUAUGCUUCAAGUCGAAAAGCUGGAUCGGUAUAACCGUGAAAUUGAGCGAAUUAAAUCGAAAAAUUUAUUGAAGCUUCGAGUGAAAUGUUUCUUCAAUCCGGUCACUUGUUGA